AAGAGAGGCUCACUGAGGCUGUGAACUACAAUUAGCACGUCCUGGAUUUAGGAGACGUUCACAGACUUCAAGUUUGACAACAAAAGGCAAAAGAGAAUAGAGUUGUAUUAACAAUUAUCUAAUUAGGGAGCAGGGAUACGCACAAAAUAAGACCAUGGGAGACAGAAUCUGCAAUGGUGUACAGAGCAAAAAGGCGUUGCUGUCAGACCCUCAGCUGUUUGACGCUCAGUUUGAGGAGCUGGUGACGGAGUUGACCGAGAGGGACCUGACAGACCCCGCGCUCACGGACGCACUGCAGCGGCUGAGAGAGGUUUUAUUGUACAAUGGUCCUGGAGGAAAGAGGAACCGUGGCUUGUCUGUGAUUGGCUCGUUACGAGAGCUUGUCCCGCCCCCUGAGCUCACACAGGAUUUAGUACAGCGGGCUCUUCUGGUUGGAUGGUGCAUUGAACUACUCCAGGCUUUUUUCCUCGUAGCUGACGAUAUUAUGGAUGGUUCUGUCACUCGAAGAGGACAGCCCUGUUGGUACAAGAAGGAUGGGAUUGGUCUUGAUGCCAUUAAUGAUGCAUUCCUUCUGGAAGCGUCAAUCUACAGACUUCUGAGAAAAUUCUGCAGAGACCAGCCUUAUUAUGUUAACCUUCUUGAGCUGUUUACAGAGACGUCCUUUCAGACAGAGCUCGGUCAGGCUCUGGACCUGAUGACUGCUCCUCCGGGUCACAUUGACCUCAACAGAUUCACUAUUGAAAGGUACAGGGCUAUUGUAAAGUAUAAGACUGCAUUCUAUUCAUUUUAUCUGCCAGUGGCUGCAGCUAUGUACAUGGCUGGAAUCACUAGUGAAGAGGAGCACAAUAAUGCCAAACACAUACUACUUGAGAUGGGAGAGUUCUUUCAGAUACAGGAUGAUUACCUCGACUGUUAUGGAGACCCGGCUGUUACUGGGAAGAUCGGCACCGACAUCCAGGACAACAAGUGCAGCUGGCUGGUGGUGACGGCGCUGGAGGUCAUGACCCCGGAGCAGAGAGUACAGUUAGAGGCGUGUUACGGUCGUCAUGAUGAAGCCAGCGUGGAAAAGGUCAAGACAUUGUACAACACUCUACAAAUGCCAGAACUGUAUCGCAAAUAUGAAGACGAGAGCUACCAGCGCCUGCAAAAACUCAUUGCCCGCCACGCUGAAAAUCUCCCCCAUGCGGUCUUUCUGAACUUUGCCAAGAAGAUCUACAAGAGAAACAAAUGAAUAAUAGACAUUUUCCCUUAGAAUGUGCAUCAGUAUGGAUAUCGUGUCAAACUUCAGAGGUUACAAUAUAGGAUCACAUCUUUCCUAAGGCACAAAGAAGACUAACUUCAAAUCUUGGAAGAUACGAUUUAGGAUUUUACAUUUUCUAUCAGCCUUAUGUCAUAUCAGUAUCUGGGCAACAGGCAUGUAGUUUGUAAUUUAUUAAGUGGCAAGAAUAGAAGGCAUGAGAUGAAUGAUACUACUGGCUACUGUUUUAUCAGGAGAAGUUUAAUGGCUCACUAACUUAUUUUAUGCAAGUAUAUUUUUAUAUUGCUGUAGUAUGUUGACAAUUCAGAAUAAAUAAUAAAUGACAUCACAUCCUU